AUGGACGCCUACUGCAAGGAGAUCCACAAGCUCGAGGCCCACUUCUCCGGCCUAGAAUUUGAUCAUGUCCUCCGAGACUACAACGUGGCAGCCGACGUACUCUCCAAGCUGGGCUCCAAGCGGGGGCUCAAAGUCAGGAUUUUCGACCCGAUCAAAAAAUAUGGCUCCAAGUGGAUCCAAGAACUACCUAGAGUAGUAUGGGGACUGCGCACGCAGAGAAGCUGGGCCACCAGCUACUCCCACUUCUUCAUGGUCUACGGUUCUGAGGCUAUCCUCCCGACGGAUAUUGCCUUUGGUGCUCCGCACACCCAGAACUACGACGAAGGCGAGGCCGAAACAACUCGGCGAAUAGACCUCGACUUGGCCGAGGAGCACUAUUUGACGGCAGCCCUCCAGCACGCCCGGUACGAGCAGCAGCUACGCCAUUAUCAUGACAAAAACAUCCAGCAGCGUGACUUCAACGUCGGCAACCUGGUACUCCGACAGGUCCACACCCCCGGAGGCAAGUUAACUCCCCCAUGGGAGGGACCCUUCAUCGUGAGCAGUGUAGUUCUCCCAGGAACCUACAGGCUGCAGCGCGAGGAUGGAACGGACGUGGGCAAUCCAUAG